AGUAUUUAAUAUCCUUUAGGCUGCCACCAUGGGUUUUACAAAUGUAUGGAUCCUUGUUGCCGCUCUGGUUGGAAUCAUCGUCAGUCCUCGCGGAAUAGACGGAGCUUGUCUCUACCAGGGCUCCCUGUAUGCGAAUAAUACAUCAUGGAGGCCCGACUCUUGCCAAGACUGCACCUGCCUCAGUGAUAUUGUAAUCUGCAAGACCUCCCACUGCCAAAACCCCCAGUGUGAUUUCCAGAAGGGAGAGCGAUUGAGAAUACCGCCCAAUAAAUGCUGUCCGGAGUGCCUCCCACAGUCCCAGGGCUCUUGUCAGCACGAAGGAGCCAUCUAUGGGCAUGACAGCCAGUGGAGCAUCUCGGAGUGCUCCGUCUGCACCUGCUCUCAUGGAAAAGUGAACUGCGGCCCCCGGCCCUGCCCCCCCCUCCGAUGCGGGAGGGACGAGAGCAGCUUCACUGCCCCCGGGGAGUGUUGUCCCAAGUGUGUGCGCAACGGAGCGUCCUGCUCCUCGGAAGGCCAGGAGUACAGGGACGGGGAGGAUUGGCGUCCAACGCCCUGCACCAAGUGCGUGUGCAGCGCCGGAGAGGUCCAGUGCUCUGCGGCCGAGUGUCAGCCAGUCGUCUGCAAACCGCGUGAGAACCUGGUGCUCUCCCCUGGGACCUGCUGCCCUCAGUGCGUCCCGAACCCCUGCCUGGCGGCUGGGAAGGAGUACAAGCAUGGUGAACAGUGGCAGAAGAACAGCUGCACCACCUGCUUGUGUGACCAGGGACAGGUGCGCUGUCACACUCAGACCUGCCCGCCACUCAUCUGCGAGAGGGGCCAGAGCAAGGUGAAGAGGGCGGGGCAGUGCUGUGAAGAGUGUGCCUCCUCCAAGGGGAGCUGCGUCUUUGAGAACGCUGUGCGCUACCAUGGCGACAUGUGGAACGGCACAGGCUGCGAGUUCUGCAUGUGUGAGCGGGGGCAGGUUCUGUGCCAGAAGGCCGAGUGUGGCAGAGUGGAGUGCUCAUGGGGAGAAGAAUCGGUUCACCUCCCAGGAAAGUGCUGCCCUGAAUGCAUGCCUGUGACCAGCUACUGUGUUUACAAGGAGCAAGCUAAAGUGGGGCGCCAGACGGAUCUAAAGGAGGAGAAGCACCUUGCUGAUUUGGAGAAGUGGCAGGAGGGCCCGUGCAGAGAGUGCGAGUGCCGGGACUCCCGGGUGACCUGCUACCAGCGCUCGUGCCCGACCUGCCCCGUGGGCACCCUGGCAGUGCCCGUGGAGGGGAUGUGCUGUCCUCAGUGUCGGAAGGCUCAGUGUCACCCCGACUGUCUGACGUGCUCCUGGACCCCAGACCACUGUGACAGCUGUAAGGACCCCCGUGCCUUGCUGCUGGAGGGCCGCUGCCUGCAAACGUGCCCCCAGGGGUUCUACCCCAAAGGCAGAAUGUGUGCAGCCUGCCUGGACUCCUGCUCCACCUGUGACAAUGGCUUUGAGUGCACGUCCUGUGUGCAUCCCCUCCUGGCGAGCGACAGGCAGUGCGUGGCCACCUGCGAGGGGGGCUUCUUCCAGGAUCACGAGCAGUGCACCCGUUGCCACGGUUCCUGCUCUGCGUGCAGCGGGCCAGGACAGCAGGACUGUCUCUCCUGUUCUGACCCGUCUCACCUGCUCAAAGAUGGCUUGUGCGUGCCAGACUGCGGCCCGGGCUUCUAUGUCAGCCGGGGCACCUGCCAUGCGUGCGAUGAAUCCUGCUUGACCUGCUACCCUGACAAUCCCAGCUGCAUGAGCUGCCCUUCGGACGCCGCUCUGCAUCAUGGGAAAUGUGUCUCCCGUUGCCCGGAGCAACAUUACCGAGACAGCCACGGCAGAUGCAGGACCUGUCACAGCUCUUGCGCAGCCUGCUCCGGCCCCUCGGUGUCCCAGUGCACCCUCUGCUCGGGAACGCUCGCUCUGCACCUCGGGCAGUGCAUGGACAGCUGCGGAGAGGGCCUGUUCUCCCAGGACGGGGUCUGCAGAAGCUGCCACCGGUCCUGCCGCUCCUGCGUCGGGCCCAAACACUCGGACUGCCUGCGCUGCCUAAAGCCUGAGGAGGCACUGCACCCCCAGAAUGGCCGCGUCGCCCACGGUGUCUGCGCCUCCAGCUGCAAGGCCCAGUUCUACCUGGACUCGGACAGGACCUGCCGAGAGUGCCACGCCUCGUGUUCGCAGUGCAACGGGGGCAGCGCCCACAACUGCACGUCCUGCUCCCACCCGGACGUCCUGUUCCAGGGACAGUGUCUGAAGAGGUGUCCCCAGGGCUUCCACAGUCAGGACAGCGUCUGUAAUGCCUGCCACCCCUCCUGCAGGGAGUGCUCGGGUCCCUCGGAGGCCGACUGCUCGGCCUGCCCGCCCCACACCACCCUGCACGAUGGCUACUGCAGGACCAGCUGCCCCGAGGGACAGUACCUCAGCGCCGCGGGAUAUUGUGUUGAAUGCCAUGGGGACUGUCAGCGGUGUGUGGCGGACCCUCAGGACAGUGGAAGCGUCUGUCUGUGGUGCAAGAGCCCUAGGGACCUGCUGCUCGGUGACCACUGUGUCCCUAACUGUCCCAUUGGAUAUUAUACCCAGUAUGGGGCCUGCAAGAAGUGCCACUUUGCCUGUGAGAGCUGCAGCGGGGCGGGACCUCUGUCCUGUACUUCCUGUCCUGUCCCCAAUGUCCUGUCCCCCUCGGGCCUGUGUGUUCCUCGGUGUCCCCUGGGACACUAUGCAGAUGAGCACAGGGUGUGUCGGGCCUGUGACAGCCAGUGCCUGACGUGUGAAAUGGCUGGAGUGUGCACCUCCUGUAGAGACCCUGCCAAGGUUCUGCUGUUCGGAGAAUGCCAGUACGAGAGCUGUGCCCACCAGUACUACUUGAACGCCAGCACCCGGGCCUGCAGAGAGUGUGACUGGAGCUGCAACGCCUGCCGGGGCCCACUGCGCACCGAUUGCCUGCAGUGCAUGGAGGGAUAUGUCUUCCAGGACGGCAUCUGUGUCCAGGACUGCUCCGCGGGGUCCUUCCGGGAUGGAGACAGCUGUCUGAGCUGUGAUGCCCACUGCGAGGAGUGCCAGGGCCCCGGCCGCUGCAGGAGGUGCCAGACACCCUUCGCCCUGCUGCGGGGCCAGUGUGUGCAGGGCUGCGGGCAGCGCCACUUCCUGGACGUCUCCACGCAGCGCUGCGCCGCAUGCCCUGCUCACUGCGUGCUGUGCGAGGGGCCCCAGCAGUGCAGAGCGUGCGGUGAGAACACCUUCCUUAAGAACGGGCUCUGCAUGGCGGACUGCGGAGCCGGGUUCUACGCCAACAAUAGGGGCAGAGCCUGCCAAGCGAACAGCCACGCCCCGGCCCUGCACGUGAACGGGUCCCUGCUGGUGCCCGUCGGCGGGACCGGCCCCCUGGACCUGUCCUUCAUGACAGCGCAGGACCCGGACAGCCCCGCGGAGAGCCUGGUUUUCCAGCUGGUGCAGCUGCCAGGCAACGGCAGGCUGACGCGGCUGGCGGGUGGGAGGGAGACGGCCCUGAGCCGUGAGGACACCUUCACCUUCGCUGAGCUGCGGGGCAAAGCCGUCCGCUUCACCCACGCCAAAGACAAAUCAAAGACCGGGCAUUUUACCCUGCGGGUCUCCGAUCAGCAGCUCUCCUCCCAGCCAAAGACCAUUAACAUCCAGGCCGUGUCCCUGCAGCCCCCAUACGUCCUGACCAACAAGCCCCUGCUGGUCAACAAGGGUGAGGCAGCAGUCAUCACGAGGUCAGUGCUACAGAUCGAGGAUGACGACAACCCCCAGGACGUGCUGGUCGUGGUGCUGGACCCGCCCCGGCACGGCCGCCUGGCCCGUCUCCAGGGCGACGGGCCCGUGCCGCAGUUCAAGCUGGAGGAGCUGGUCCAGGAGCAGCUGCGCUACGUCCACGGCGGCUCCGGCGAGCCCCGAGACCAGGCCCUGCUUCAGAUCAACGACGGCCACAGCUACCUCAACCUGCUCUUCCACAUCGACGUGGCUGUGAAGGACGGAAAGGCCCCGCACUUGCUGUCCCGGCCCAUCGCCUGGGUGAGAGAGGGCGGCAUGGUGCAGAUCAACAAGAAGUACCUGAGGGCCGAGUACAGGGGCACCAGUGACUCUCAGCUCCACUACAGCAUCCUCCCCUCCAAAGAGCACCCCAAAUAUGGUGAGGUGGUGCUGCUCGUGCCCAUGCCAGCAGAUGGGCCUGCCGAUGGAUGGCAGCGUCUACCCGACGGCCGCACCGCCACACCCACCACCUCCUUCACUCAGCAGGACGUCAACGAGGGCAUUGUGUGGUACCGGCACUCCGGCGCGAGGGCGCUGCAGGACACCUUCCAGUUCCAGAUGUCGAGCGAGGGGUUGGAGGACACGCUCAGCGACACUCAGACCUUCAUGAUCGGGGUGAUGCCCCAGACCCCCGGGUUCCCCCAGCCGUCCUCGGGCGCCGACCUGCAGAUCACGGCUUUGGAAGAUCGCUUGACGACGAUAACGCCCGCGGCACUCUCCUUUGAGGACUCGGAGACGCCCGCCGAGAAGCUCGUCUACAAUAUCACCAGACCUCUGGGCCAGGGACAAGGGAUCCUCGAGCACCGGGACCGGCCCUAUGUCCCUGUCAGGUUCUUCACCCAGCUGGACAUCGACAACGGCAAGAUCGUCUAUCGGCCGCCCUCUGCCCCCGCCCACCUGCAGGAGCUCUACCAGUACUCCUUUACUGGCCUGCCAGAAACAGUGAGCUUCUAUUUCACAGUGUCAGAUGGGGAACACACCACUCCAGACAUGGACUUUGCCAUCCACCUGCUGGCCAAUCACCAGCAGCCCCCAGUUUUCCAGAUCCUGGACCCGGUACUCGAGGUUAGCCUGGGUGGCAGAGCUCCUGUGGGUGGUCAGCAGCUGGCUGUCACUGACGCAGACACGGCCCCUGACGAGCUGGAGUUUGAGCUGGUGGAAGCUCCCAUCCACGGAACUCUCCUGAAAGUGGACUUUGGCGUCCAGACAGAAAUGGUCAAUGGUGACACCUUUACCUUCAGUGACGUCACCCGGAACAUCCUGCAGUACGAGCACACCGGGCUGACGACGGAGGAGGACUCCAUGACGUUCUCCGUGACGGACGGAACCUCCAUGACGACGGCCACGGUGCAGGUCCUGGUGGCGGGGACGGGGGGCGACAGCCCCAGGCGGGACCCCAACGCCCUGCUGUCCAUGGAGGUGUCCGAAAAAAGCAGCACCAUCAUCAGACGCACGCACCUGGCGUACGUGGAUAACGACUCCCCGGAUGAGAAAAUCCGUAUCCAGCUGGUGUCGGUGCCCAUGUACGGCAUCCUGACCCGGACCAACUCCAAGUCGGACCACGAGGAGCUGACGGAGUACUCCUCCUUCACCAUGGAGGACAUCAACCAACAGAGGAUACGGUACAUUACUUCAUUCGAGACCGGGAACCAGCCCGUCACCGACAUCUUCCAUUUCAUCGUCUACGACGGGGAGAACAAUCGCCUUGACAACCAGAUGUGCACCAUCACAAUCACAUCUGCGCAGAGGCAGCCCCCCGUGGUGACGGUCCGCAGCGGAAUCAAGGUGCAAGAAGGGGGCAGAGUGCAGCUGUCAGCAAAUCACAUCAUAGCGACUGACCCAGACACCCCCAUGAAGGACCUUCUGGUGUGGCUUAUCAGCCCACCCAAGUACGGCUACAUCGAGAACACAAAGCCAGCUGGGACAUCAGGCGGCUCUCGGGUCAUCAGCGCCGAUGUCCCCUUCUCCGUGGAGGACCUCACGUCCGACCACAUCUUCUACGUCCAGGACGCCCGGCGGGCGGGCCACCACCAGGACGAGUUCAGCUUCUACAUCAGCGACGGAUCCAGCCAAACCGAGGCGUUCAAUAUUAACAUCGACAUCCAGCAGGGCAAACAGCAGAAAUUCCCGGUAAUCUCGGUGAACAACAUCGUCGUGGAGGAGAACUCGGGCGUGGUCAUCACCAACUCCUCGCUGGCCGUGCUGGACCCCGACACGCCCGAAAACGAGAUUGUCCUGACCAUCACCAAGAAGCCGUCGUACGGAAAGCUGCGCAGGCGCCAGUUCUACUCGCAGCCGCUGGAGAACGGGCGCGUCCUGUCCCAGGGCUCCACCUUCACCUACCAGGAUGUGCUGGAUGAGCUCCUGGUGUACACCCCUGACAGCCUCAGCGUGGGCACGGACGAGGUGCGCUUCUCCGUCACCGACGGGGUGCACACGGAGACGGGGCGGCUGGAGUUCACCAUGGACGCCAAGAAAAGCGAGGGCCCGCGGGUCACCGUCAACCGAGGCCUGCAGCUCGCCGCAGGAUCCGUGUCCAAAAUCACAGAUCAGCAUCUUAAAUCGACGGACGCGGACUCGGACAACCUGAAACUGAGAUACGUCAUGACCAAGGACCCAGCAGUGGGGAGACUUCAGCUUUCCAAGGGCAGAGACUUAGUCCAGAUCUCUGUGAAAGGACCAGUCAAGAGCUUCAUACAGGAGGACAUCAACAAAGGAUUUGUGGAAUACCGGCACGAGAAGGGAGAGAAGGGGGGAAGCUUCCCGUUUAAGUUCAACCUCGUCGACCCCGAGGGAAAUAAAGUGAUCGACCAGUCCUUCUUCAUCAGCGUGCUCGAGGACAAACUGCCCCCGUCGGUGGUGGUGAACAAGGGCCUGGUGCUGGACGAGAACACGGUGAAGAAGAUCACCACCCUGCAACUGUCCGCCACCGACCAGGACAGCGAGCCCGGAGAGCUGGUGUUCCGUAUCACCAAGCAGACCCAGCUGGGCCACCUGGAACACACUUCCUCACCCGGGACGCGCAUCAGCUCCUUCACCCAGGCGGACCUGGCGUCCCGCAGCGUCCAGUACGUGCACACCAGCGAGGAGGAGAAGCACGCGGACGACUUCACCUUCACCGUGUCGGACGGCGCUAAUGAGAUCUCCCAGACUUUCUACAUCACCAUCCGGCCCGUGGACGACUCUCUGCCCCUGCUCCAGAUCCCCGGGAUGAGGGUGCAGGAGGGCGUGAGGAAGACCAUCACGGAGUUCGAGCUAAAGGCGACUGACGCGGACACGGAGGAGGACUCCAUCACCUUCACCGUGGUGCAGGCCCCGCGACACGGUACCAUCGAGCGGACCAACAACGGCCAGCACUACCGGCAGACCAACACCUUCACCAUGGACGACAUCUACCAGAACCGCAUCAGCUACAACCACGACGGCAGCAACUCGCUCAAGGACCGCUUCACCUUCACCGUGUCUGACGGAACCAACCCGUUCUUCGUGGUGGAGGAGGGCGGGAAGGAGAUUGUGACCGCUGCGCCGCAGAAGUUUAAAAUCGAUAUCCUUCCGGUCGACGAUGGCACCCCUCGCAUCGUCACCAACCUCGGCCUGCAGUGGCUGGAGUACAUGGACAAUAAGGCCACAAACCUGAUCUCGAAGAAGGAGCUGCUCACAAUGGACCCGGACACCGAUGAUGGACAACUGGUGUACGAGGUUACGGUUGAGCCAAAGCACGGCUACCUGGAAACCAAACUCAAACCUGGCACUCCCAUCACCACUUUCACACAAGCUGACAUUAACCUGGGGCUGAUUCGCUACGUGCUCAAUGAGGACAGAAUCCAGGAGACCAUGGACAACUUCAAGUUUCUGGUGAAGGACAGCAAGCCCAAUGUGGUCAGCGACAAUGUGUUCCACAUCCAGUGGUCUCUCAUCAGCUUUGAACACACAAGCUACAACGUGAGUGAGAAGGCGGGCACCGUUGCGGUGAAGGUGAAGAGAACGGGCAACCUUAACCAGUACGCCAUCGUGCUGUGCCGCACCGAGCAGGGCUCUGCCACCUCCACCUCCAACGUAGGCUCAAGGCCGGGGCAGCAGGACUAUGUGGAGUACGCUGGGCAGGUGCAGUUUGACGAGCGGGAGGACACCAAGGUGUGCACCAUCGUGAUCAACGACGACCAGGUGUUCGAGAACAUCGAGAGCUUCAACGUGGAGCUGAGCAUGCCCGUCUACGCCCUGCUGGGCAAGGUGACCCGCGCCAAGGUCUACAUCAACGACACGGAGGACGAGCCCACGCUGCAGUUUGACAAGAAGUCCUACCACGUCAACGAGAGCACCGGCUUCAUCUUUGCCCCCAUUGAGAGGAAAGGUGACACCAGCAGCAUGGUGUCGGCCCUCUGCUACACCGUGCCCAAGUCGGCGCAGGGCAGCAGCCUGCAUGCGCUGGAGUCGGGCUCAGACUACAAGUCCCGCGGCAUGAGCAGCGAGAACCGCGUCAUUUUCGGCCCGGGCGUCAGCAUGUCCACCUGCGAUGUCAAGCUCAUCGACGACAGCGAGUACGAGCUCUCCGAGGAGUUCGAGCUGGUGCUAUCGGACGCCUCCGACAACGCCCGCAUCGGCGCCAUCACCGUGGCCAAGGUGGUGAUCGACGGGCCCAAUGAUGCAUCCACCGUCUUCCUCGGCAAUGCCACCUUCACGUUCAGCGAGGACGCAGGUACCAUUGAGAUCCCUGUCAUACGGCAUGGCAGCGACCUCUCCUCUGUGACCUCGGUGUGGUGUGCCACGCGACCCUCUGACCCCCCCUCAGCCACGCCCGGCGUGGACUACAUCCCCAGCUCCAAGAAGGUGGAGUUCAAGCCUGGGAAGACAGAGGAGACCUGCAGCCUGACGAUAAUGGAUGACAUUCAGAACCCGACCAUUGAAGGGGCGGAGUCCUUUGUGGUCUUUCUCAGCUCAGCUCAGGGGGCGGUGCUCACGGAACCGUUUGAGGCAUCUGUUAUCAUCACAGACACCUUCCAGGACAUUCCCAGCAUGCAGUUUGAGAAGGUGGUGUACUCGGUGAAGGAGAAGGACGGCGUGCUGCACCUUCCCAUCAUCCGCACGGGCGACCUGACCUUCAAGUCCUCGGUCAGGUGCUACACUCGCACUAUGUCCGCCAUGGUGAUGGACGACUUCGAGGAGCGGAGGAACUCGGACGACUCGCUCAUCACCUUCCUCAAGGGGGAGAAGGUAAAGAACUGCACUGUUCACAUCAAUGACGACUCGGUGUUUGAGCCCGAGGAGGAGUUCCAGGUGCACCUGGGGACCCCACUGGGGGACCACUGGAGCGGGGCCAUGGUGGGCGUUAAUGACAUCGCCACCAUCACCAUCACCAACGACGAGGAUGCACCUACGAUUGAGUUUGAGCAAGCCACAUAUCAAGUGAGAGAGCCCCCGGGCCCAGAUGGCAUCGAAGUCCUGAACAUCAAAGUCAUCCGGAGAGGAGACCUGGACCGGACCUCGAAGAUCCGCUGCAGCACCAGGGAUGGCUCGGCCCAGUCCGGCGUGGAUUACAACCCCAAGAGCCGAGUGCUCAAGUUCAGCCCCGGCAUGGACCACAUUCUGUUCAAAGUUGAGAUUCUGUCCAACGAAGACCGUGAAUGGCAUGAGUCUUUCUCAUUGGUCCUUGGCCCUGAUGACCCUGUGGAGGCGGUGCUCGGGGAGAUCACCAUGGCAACAGUGACCAUCCUGGACCAGGAGGCUGCUGGAAGUCUUAUCCUCCCUGCCCCGCCCAUUGUGGUGUCCCUGUCUGACUAUGACUACGUGCAAGAGGUGUCAAAAGAGGGCAGUAAGAAGUUGCCCUCUCCAGGCUACCCGCUCGUCUGUGUGACCCCAUGUGACCCCCACUACCCCAAGUACUCGGUGAUGAGGGAGCGCUGUGAGGAGGCUGGCAUCAACCAGACCUCUGUUCGCUUCAGCUGGGAGGUGGCAGCCCCGACGGACACCAGCGGGGCAAGGUCACCCUUUGAGACGGUGACAGACAACACCCCAUACACAGGGGUCAACCACAUGGUCCUGGACAGCAUCUAUUUCAGCCGGCGUUUCCAUGUGCGCUGUGUGGCCCAGGCCCUGGACAAGGCUGGCCACCUCGGGACGCCGCUAAGGAGCAACAUCGUCACCAUCGGCACCGAGGGCUCCAUCUGCCACACGCCUGUCACCACGGGAACCGCCCGGGGCUUCCAGGCCCAGUCCUUCAUCGCCACCCUCAAGUACCUGGAUGUCAAGCACAAGGAGCAUCCUAACAGGAUCCACAUCUCAGUGCAGAUCCCUCACCAGGAUGGCAUGCUCCCCCUGGUGUCCACCAUGCCCCUGCACAACCUGCACUUCCUGCUCUCCGAAUCCAUCUACCGCCACCAGCACAUCUGCUCCAACCUGGUCACCAGCAAAGACCUGCAGGGCAUCUCAGAGACAGGCUUCCUGGAUGACGUGUCCUAUGACAGAAUCUCCUUGGGCCCCGGCUACGACCGGCCCUAUCAGUUCAACCCCAACGUGAGGGAGCCGAAGACCAUCCAGCUCUACAAGCACCUCAACCUGAAGAGCUGCAUCUGGACCUUCGACGCCUACUACGACAUGACCGAGCUCAUCGAUGUCUGUGGGGGGUCCGUCACGGCUGACUUCCAGGUCCGGGACUCGGCGCAGUCCUUCCUCACGGUGCACGUGCCCCUGUACGUGUCCUACAUCUACGUGACCGCGCCCAGGGGGUGGGCCUCGCUGGAGCACCACACCGAGAUGGAGUUCUCCUUCUUCUACGACACCGUGCUCUGGAGGACAGGUAUUCAGACUGACAGCGUUCUGUCUGCCAGACUUCAGAUCAUCAGAAUCUACAUCAGAGAGGAUGGACGGCUAGUGAUUGAAUUCAAAACACAUGCCAAAUUCAGAGGUCAGUUUGUCCCAGAGCACCACACCCUCCCAGGACACAAGUCUCAUCUCAUGGCUCCAGACCACCUGGGGGGCAUCAGCUUCGACCUGCAGCUGCUGUGGAGCGCCCAGACCUUCGACUCGCCCUACCAGCUGUGGAGAGCCACCAGCUCUUACAGCAGGAAGGACUACUCCGGCGAGUACACCGUCUUCCUCAUCCCGUGCACUGUGCAGCCCACCCAGCCCUGGAUCGACCCCGGAGACAAGCCGCUCUCCUGCACGGCUCACGCCCCAGAGAAGUUCCUGGUUCCCAUAGCCUUCCAGCAGACAAACCGCCCGGUCCCAGUCGUCUACUCCUUAAACACGGAGUUCCAGCUGUGCAACAACGAGAAGGUCUUCUUGAUGGACCCUGCCUCAUCAGACAUGUCUAUGGCUGAGAUGGACUACAAAGGAGCCUUCUCUAUGGGCCAGACACUUUACGGUCGAGUCCUCUGGAACCCGGAACAGAACCUGAACGCGGCCUACAGGCUCCAGCUAGAGAAAGUGUACCUGUGUACCGGCAGGGACGGCUAUGUGCCGUUCUUUGACCCCACGGGCACCCUGUAUAACGAGGGCCCACAGUACGGCUGCAUCCAGCCCAAUAAGCACCUCAAGCACAGGUUUCUGCUGCUGGACCGAAAACAGCCAGAGGUCUGUGACAAGUAUUUCCAUGACGUGCCCUUCGAAGCCAAGUUUGCGUCCGACAUCCUGGAUUUGCAGUCCAUGACGGCGAUGCCUGGUGUCGAUGGGUUCACCAUGAAGGUCGAUGCCCUCUACAAGGUGGAAGCGGGGCACCAGUGGUACCUGCAGGUGAUCUACGUCAUCGGGCCCGAGUCCAUCUCCGGCCCCAGGAUCCAGCGCUCCCUCACCUACCAGCUGAGGCGCGGCCGGAGGGACCUGGUGGACCGGAGCGGCCGCCUCACCCUGGACGAGUCCCUGAUCUACGACAACGAGGGCGACCAGGUGAAGAAUGGCACCAACAUGAAGACGCUCCGUCUGGAGGUGGAGGCCUCGGCGGCCUUCGGCCCGCAAACGAGUGGCCCCAUCGGUGGGGGGGUGGCAGCCGUCACCCUGCUCGUCCUCUGCCUCCUGGCCUCCUGCUUCCUGUUCAAGAAGUGCCACCGGAAAGGGAAGAAGAAGCCGCCCAAGGGUGCGGCAGAGGAGUACCCCCUCAACACCAAGGUGGAGGUGUGCCUGAGGAACAUGGAGCGCCUGGAGAAAAACUUCAGCAGCAAGCACUGCACCGUCAGGAAUGUCAACAUCCUCGACAAGAACCUGGAGGCCUGCAAGGUCAACGGGGUCAAGGUCAAGCAGGUCAACCUGGAGGUCAAGCUCCACAAUAACUUGAACGACGGCACAGAGGUCUGAUCAUAGACAAGAGUUUUUUUUUGAAAACCGUAUUUUCUAUCGUUGUUUGUAAUUAAAAAAAGAAAAAAAAGAUAUUGUUAUAGUAUUUUUAUACGACCACAAAAAAAAAGGGAAAACGUGCUGGCCAGCUAUGCAGCGUAAAUCAUUUCACAACUGAGCUACCUCAUGAGAGCUAAGGCCUAUCAUACCACUCAAACCUGAUUGUGGCAUCGGAUCUGGUGUCUUUGUUAAAAAAAAUCAUUUCAGACCUAUAAUCUGAGGUCACAAAGAAUACAGACUCAUGACUUCUGCAAAUUGCUUUCUAAGUCUACAUGAACAUUGCAAUGAUCUGUGGUAGCUCAGGCACUUUAACUUCUUUU